AUGGUUAUAAACCCAGCAUAUUUCCUCAGUGAUAUUGCAUCAACUCGAGCCUCUCCCUUACGGCACCUGCCACUCAAUUCGACGAUGGCAGAAAAGGACCUCCAACAACCUAUGGCAACGCAGCUCGUGGCGCCUAACGAAGAGGCGCAACAUGCUGCUGAUGAUGAGAAAUCCAUGACCCUGUUCCAAGCAAUCAAGCUUUAUCCAAAAGCGGUCGGCUGGUCAGUCGUUCUCUCGAGUGCUUUGAUCAUGGAAGGGUAUGAUCUUGCGUUGUUGGGGAGUCUGUACGGCAGUCCUCAGUUCAAUCGCAAGUACGGAGUGUUCAACGCUGCUACUGGCAAGUACAGUGUUCAGGCGAGUUGGCAGAGUGCUCUAUCGAAUGGAGCACGAGCCGGUGAAGUAAUUGGCUUGUUCAUCAAUGGAUUUGUCAGUGAGCGUUAUGGUUAUCGGAAGACCAUGAUUGGUGCUCUGAUCUCAAUGACUGCCUUCAUUUUCAUUCUUUUCUUUGCACCCAACGUCCAAACACUGGUCAUUGGCGAGGUCUUCUGCGGGAUACCCUGGGGCAUGUUCCAGACCCUCACAACGCAGUACGCAUCGGAAGUCGCGCCUGUACGCUUGAGGCCGAUUCUGACCACAUUCGUCAAUAUGUGCUGGGUAAUGGGGCAGUUCAUCGCCGCGGGUGUAAAUCGCGGCUGCGUUCAACGUCCGGAUCAAUGGGCUUAUCGUAUUCCCUUCGCUAUACAGUGGGUCUGGCCCAUACCAAUCAUGGUCGGUGUCUUCCUCGCACCUGAAAGUCCUUGGUGGCAUGUUCGAAAAGGAGAUAAGGCAGGCGCUAAAGCUGCAUUGCUUCGUCUGACUUCGCCGGAUAAAGACCCAAACUUCAACGCCGAUGAAACGAUCGCCAUGAUUGAGCAUACCAACGAAAUGGAAAAGAACAUGUCGGAAGGAACACGAUGGACGGACUUGUUCAAGGGGACAGAUCUCCGACGGACCGAAAUCGUAUGCUUUACCUGGAUCGCUCAAACGAUUUGCGGGACCAAUAUUAUGGGCUACUUCGCGUAUUUCAUGCAGAAGGCAGGUCUCCCAACGGUGCAGUCGUUCAACAUGUCGAUGAUCUCGCUGGCCCUUGGCCUAAUCGGUACCGCUGGCUCUUGGUGGUUGAUGCAGAAGUUUGGCCGGCGAACGAUCCACUUCUCGGGUGGCUGCACACUGUUUGUCAUCCUUAUCAUCGUCGGAUCAUGCUCUUUCGCUGGCACGCAAGCAUCCAAUUGGGCCAUCGGAGCGGUUCUGAUUCUUUUCGUCUUCGUGUACGACUUCACGAUCGGUCCGGUGACCUAUUCAAUCGUUUCGGAGAUGUCAUCUACAAGAUUGAAAGCGAAGACUAUCGUUCUCGCCCGCGCACUCUACAACAUCUCGAACAUCGUCGUCAACGUUUUGACCAAUUAUCAGCUCGGCGAUGCCAAUUGGGCUUGGGGUGCGAGAACGGCAUUCUUCUGGGCUGGUACCUGUGGUUGCGUUGUGGUAUGGGUGUAUUUUAGACUGCCAGAACCCAAAGGUCGGACGUACGGUGAGCUUGACAUGUUGUUUGAGCAGCGACGCAGUCUUCGUGAAGUCCCUACUUCGCUCAACGCGUACCAGACAGGAGCCGCUCAACCCACCCGCAUGUUCUUUGAAUUUUGUCAAACAGCGCGUAGACACACUAACUUGAUGCAAAAUAUUCCCGUCAAAGCACGAAAAGUCAUUCCGAAGGCUUGCGACGCGUGCCGCCGCCGCAAGACCAAAUGUAACGGCUCGCAACCUUGCCCAGGAUGCCUAUCAGCAAACCUAGCAUGUACAUUCGAUGCACCACGAGGCCAAGGAGGCAACAGGGGCCCAAGAGCUACCGUGCUCAAUGAGUUGAGGUCGAUCUCGCAGAAUAACUUUGAAGAUUUGCAGGAUGCUUCAUCGUCGUCAGCUAUCACGGCCACAGCAUCGCCCAUAGAAUUCACGCAAAGCGUUUUUGGAGAGUUCAUCAGCGUCUACGAGAACCGUAUAUAUAGACUGGUAUCUCUUAUACCUGCCGAUUUAUUGCGAGAUGAAGCUACAAGAAUGCAAGUUUCGCAAAUAUCUUGUCAGCUCAUCUUUGCCUUCUGUGCAUAUAUCGCGAAUUUUGGCGAUACCGACGAUGCCAGCUGGGGGCCUACUCAGUCUUCACUGGUGAACUCGAAAACUUACUACUUAGAUCAUGCUUUGCUUUCUCUGGACCGAGCCAGGGUCACACAGCUUGACCCUCGAUCUGUUUACAUAUCCUUCUUCUUAUACGGGGCUUACGCUGGCCAAGGAAACUACCGUCAAGCAUGGUUCUAUCUGAGAGAAGCAACGACCCUAUUCAUGAUGUUGAAGGACGAGGAUCAAGGCUGGUUCGAUAAGAAGACACGGAAACGUUUGUUCUGGAUCUUAGUGGUCUCCGAGAGAGCACAUGGUGUCCGUAGAAAUCGCCCGAUCACCCUACCAGUCACGCCCUCGACCUACCCACUCGACGACCCACUCGACGCAUAUGGAGAGCUCGGAUUACGCUACCUCACAUCAAUCUUUCGGCCCCUUAGUGAUAUCUUCUUCGCAGUGUGGAAUGGAUCUAAUGAAGAUUGUAGUAAAGAAUGGUUGCUAAAACUCGAACGCGACGUUCGUACUGCGUUGCCUGUGGUACUCGAGAUCUCGAAUGAAGAGACCGCAAAUAUCCGCAUAUCGCAAUUCUGGUUACAGAUCAAGUUGUGGGAACUUUUCCCUCGCUAUGGUUAUCUCUCUACGGAUUCUGUUCAUGACUGCCUGACGUUUAGAUACCCUAUCCUGGUGGCUAGGGACCUGACAAUUCUUUCAAUGAAGCUAUCUAUCCAGAGCCUACAGAUUCACGGGGUCGGCAUGACUGAAAAGAUUUUCGAUAUUGCCUGCGCCCUAGCAGAUGUUCUACCUUUUGUGUCCUUUCCGGCGUCGCAACUGGAACUCAGCCCCCCUGAUUACUUGACGCAAUUGAUGCUACUCUUGGCAAAGCUGCCAGGUGGCUCCUCGAAGUUCAUACCUCUGCUGCUGGCCAAGAUCAACGAAUUACUUCCUGAUUUGAUGAGCCAUAUGUGUGAAGCGAUUCAAAUGCCCAUGCAUAUGAUCAACGACCCCAUGAGCCCGGAUACGCGAUUCGUAUAUGAAGAGGAGGUUGGUAGAGGUCUUCACGCAGAUUUGAGGAGAAUGGCAUAG